AUGGUCAAGCGCACCGCAGAAGAGGCCCACAUUGACGAGCCUGUUCGUCAAACCCGCCGCGCUUAUUCUCAGUCCCAGCAAGGAGGCGUUGCUGCUGCCCCUGUUCAUGAACUUAUUGAUGUCGAUGCCUAUACCCGUGACUUUGCCCAUGUCAGCCCCGAGCAAGGAGAAACUGCUUCUGCUCCUGCUUACUCCUAUGUCGAUGGCGAUGACAAUGCCAACGUGUAUUCCCAAGCUCAUGUCAAUACCAGCCCCCAGCAAGGAGAAUUUCUUUCUGCUCCUGCUCCUGAUUUUGCCUACGACGAUGCCAAUGCUUAUUCCGCUGCCUUUGUCAAUUCGAGCUCCCAGCAAGAAGGAUUUGCAUCUGCAUCUGCUCCUGCUCCUGCUUAUGGCAACGUCAGCGCCCAGCAGGAAGAAUUUGCUCCUGCUUCUGGUUAUAACUAUACCGGUGCCGAAGCCAAUGCCCCCGCCUAUGUCAAUCCCAACCCCUUUGACAAUAUCCAUGGCCGUCCCUAUGUCAGUUCCUAUGCCCAUCUUUAUGCCGACCCCAAUGCCAAUGUCAACCCCACUGUCAAUCCCUACAAUCCCUACUUCCCCCAGCCUCUAGCAGAGCCGGCCUCUGCGCAGCAGCUCUCUCCCGUCAUCACUCCAGAACCCACUUAUGACGGGAGCAGCGCUCAGGUGCCUGUCGAACAGACGGCACUGGAUACGGAGGCUGGUGGAAGUAGCCGCAGACGGGGAAGUGUAACGGCAAGAGGGAAAGGAAAAGCUCGCGCUGGAGCCAGUGCGCGGGUGAACCGGGAGUCUCAGGCCAGCAAGAACUCUCAGCAGUUCAGAGCGACGCACCUUCGCGGUGCGACCCGAGCUGCUGCUGCUGCUGCUGCUGCUAUUCCCGCUACCCCUGUUGCUCCAGUUCCUCAUACUCCUCGUACUCCUGCUCCUCAAUUUUUUGGGGCGGAGGGGGAGGGUGGGCCUAGUAACUGGGCAGAGACCGCGGGAAGACCUAUCGGCCUCGAGGAUUAUAUAUUGGAGGAAGACGAAGAUCCCUUCCUCGGGGGCACCAAUGCCAACGGCAGCGUCGUUGCUGGGCCUAGUAAUUGGGCACAGACCGCUGGUAGACAGAUCGGUCUAAAGGAUUAUACGCUGGAUGGAGACGAGGUUCCCUUCAUCGAGGAUGACAUCGUCGAGGACGAUAACGACAGCGUCGGCAAUGUGGAUGAGAACGUCGAGGACAACGUUGACGACAACGUUGAUGAUAACAUCGAUAACCACAUUGACGACGACGAUGUCGACCCGGACGCAAUCAUCCUCGAAGAAGAGAGCGAAGAGGGGGAGGAUGAAGCAGCAAGAAAGAGAAAGAAGAAGAAGAAGGGGAAGGGGAAAGCGAAAGCGGCAGGCAAGAAACGCAAAACGCGCCGCAGGAAGUUCGAGGACGAAGUCGAUCAUUCCAAGAUCAUCCGGGACAGGCAGCAACCGAGCAUCGAUGCGCAUCUAGCAUGGGAAGCAAAGUGCCAGGCAUACGCGGAACAGGGCAAAGAGGUUCCCCAGAAGCUCGCGAAAGAAAAGCCCAAGUCUCGGACGGGAACAUCGUGUGAUCGCUGCGUGAUACUCCGACUUUCCUGCGACCCCGACCCCUUUUGUUGCAAAAAUUGUCAGGAAGUUCGAGGCGGUGCAGCGACGUGCAGAGAAACCAGAAAAAACACGAAUAUAACGGAAAGACGUGGCGAGGUAGAGCUCGUCACAGAGGCGAUGUUGGAUGAGAUCCAUGAGAGGAAUGGAAUUAUAUAUAAUCUGCGCGUACUCAGGAACAGCCUGCUAACUGACAACGGCUUGCUGGAAGUGUGUAUCAAACGACUGUGCGCUCAGCUGAGACGCGCAGGCCUCGAACCCGACUUGGGAAAUUUUAUACAGGCGUACUUUCAUAAUCAACCGGCUCCCAACGUCCACGGCGUACAGAGCAUGCCCGGCAAUGAGCCCGUUUCCGAUCCCGGCAUGGCGGCAGGUCCGAUGCAGGGGCACUACACCGCGCACAAUCAACCCGCGGUUCCUCCAGUGCCCCAGGGACCUCCUCCCCAUGCUCAGGGACAGAACGGUCCUAGACUGAUGCCGCCUGCCGAGAUUGCGGGGCCUUCGCACGUCAACGACCAGACCAUGCCUCAACAGAUGGGUUGUAUGCGAAGGCCUGCCGCCAACGAUCAACUUACUGGCUGGCAGGGAAUGACCACUGGAAACAUGCCUUUCCAGAAUCCUUACCAGGCUGUUCCCAGUCAGGCUCAGGUUGAUCCUCGGCAGGUUGGUUCUUAUCCGGGCAUGCUCACUCCACACGCUCAGCGGGCCCAGAUGUUUAUGCAGCCCCCGACUGCUGCAUACCAAUCGAUGCAGACUAACGUCAACCAGUUCCAGCAGGGCGCGGUGCCUCAGCAGACCAUGCCUCCUCACAAUUCAGGCGUAGGUCUCUCCGGCACUGUCGACCCCAACUGGGACGACAACGCAGCUCAAAACCCUACCGGGGUUACCAAUUGGACGGGCGUCGGUAACCAGCCGAUGGGUCCCGCUGACAGAAUGGGACUUCCAGCUAUGAGUCCGACUGUCGGGACCAUGCCCAAUCCCACCCCGGUUAGGAAUGAGUUCGACGAUCUGUUCGAUGCGGAAAGGGCCCAAGCCCAGGACCCCAGUCCCAUCGGAGAUGCCGACGAUGCAUCUCUACACGAUGAGGGUCAAUUCCAGAACGACGACGAAGGCUAUGAUCCAGCUUCGACGUCUGCAGAGUACCCAGGGACCGGUGAAUAUCCCGAGGGCGGCCCCGCUGACCAAUGCCAGGUUGGCGGGGUGAAUCUGGAAGGCCUGACCAGCAUAACUGGCCUUCCAGAACAGCCUCAGGACCCCGGUUCCUUCGACUCUGUCCAGACCCAGCUGGAUGAAGUUGCUGCGGACAUUGUUCAGUUUCCCCCCGAUGUUGCGUCGCACAUCUUCUCAUCGGACGCCAUGCCCGCGGGUCCCGCGGGCAGUUUGAUCUAUCAUGAAGAGUCGACCCGUGACGAGGGAGCAACCCCUGGUGACGGAUCGAACCUUGAGGAGCUAACUCCGGUGCCGAGAGACAUGUGGGAAGAAGCUGAACAGCUGCGUGACGAACCGGUGGAAGACCAAGCCCGGUUCGAAGCCCGCGCCGCAGUCAAUCAGCCGUCUUCUGGAACGGAGGGUAUAAUCCUGGGCGAAGUUGAGCAGGAGGCAUUCUGGGGGCUGCCAAACAGCUUGGACGACAUCAACCCCUCACUCCUCGUUGCGAAUGCCCUUGACCUCACUGCCCCGGCCCACCACGAAGUAUAUAUGCCAUCGUUCCCCAACGAUGCUAGUGGGCUGGAAGGUCAGGGCGAGGAAGUAGAGGGCCGUCCAAGCGAGGCAGCCCCUGCCUCCGGAGAACGCCAAGAAGAGGAGGAAACCGCGCAGCAGGUGCCUAAUGACGAGGCACCUGAGGGACCCUACGACGAUGCCGACGACGACUCAGACUCGUUGUUCGCGGGCGUAGACGAUAACGGCCCGGACGAGUUGGUCGAAGCUGGGGCAUUUGAGGGUCCCACGAUUGCGCAGGGAGUCGCCGCGGAGGAGAGAGUCGCCGUCGACAGCGACGACGAUACCUACGCCACCGACGACUCCGUCGUUAGUCUUGCUGCUGGGCGCAUACAGAGGAAGAGGCAACGCAGCCCUCCUGGCCACCUCGAUAACGAUACGAGGGACAGGAAGAGGCAGCGUCGCUGAGGCUCUUGCUCGCAGCCUGAGGACGCGACGGAGAGGAAGAGGGUGGCAUAGGUAAGUCGCCGCUGUCAUAUAUGGAUCAUAUGGGUUUCCUUUUUUGGAUCUUUCACGAUGUAUAAUGUUUUCCUGUAUAUAGUUUUCCUUUUCUUUCUCCUGUUUGACGAUCUUUCUUUGUUGCUUGUUUGUGUGUUUCCUGAUACCCUGCACAUAGAAGGCGUUAGAUUUUUUUUUGGAUUGCUUUUCCCUUUUCCUGAUACCCUUGCAUUUGCAUUUCAAUGGCGUUUGGAGACUGUUUGUGUGCUGUUGGAUUGCUGUUGUUUUCUUGACAUCUUUGCGCAUAGAAG